AAACCUCACCACUGCCUCAACUUAUCACUGGUUCCCUGCUUGCUGCCAAGAUGAUCACCUCCACUGCUGCAUCCCAUCCCUUUUCCCUCUGCGGGCUUGUACUACUACUUGCAAUAUUACUCCAGUCUGUCUUUGUGGCUGUCACUUAUAUAUACUUCACUAAUGAACUUAAACAGCUGCGUGAAACCUAUGCCAGGAGCAACAUUGCCUGUUUAACUGGAGAAGAUGUUGGAGAUUUAUUCAGGCCCUCUGCUUUUGAAGAUGGAUAUGAAAAGAACGAUCCCUGUUGGGAAAUAAAGUCCCACUUGCACAUUUUAAUAAGAAAGAUUGUUUUGAAAAAUUACAAAUUUGAGAAUGCAGCUAAAGCGAAAGUAACGCCUCAAUUUGCUGUUUAUCAAAAAGAAGACUAUCCCACUGGCGUAAUAGCUGCACAUGUAACUGGAGAUAGCAGGAAAGCUCUGCCCCCAGAAAAUACCUUCCUGAAGAACUAUAAUGGAGAGAAAAUACAAGGGUGGAAAUCCCAUAGGUCUCCGUCUUUUCUAAGCAACGUAGAAAUGGAAAACGGUGAGCUAAUUAUUAGGAAAAGUGGCUUUUACUACAUUUACUCCCAGACAUAUUUUCGGCAACGUUUCAAUAGGGGAACAGAAGAAAAAAAAGGGAAACAAUUAGUUCAACAGAUUUACAAAGUAACAAGCUACCCAGAACCACUCCUUUUGAUGAAAAAUGCUAAAACAACGUGUUGGUCUAAAGAGGCAGACUAUGGGCUACAUUCCAUCUAUCAAGGAGGGGUUUUCAAGUUAAAUGAAAAUGACCGAAUAUUUGUCACGGUCAGUGAUAUUAAUAUGAUUGAUAUGGAUGAAAAUGCAACAUUCUUGGGAGCUUUUUUGGUGGUCUAAAUCAGUGCUGUCCAGCUGUAAGUCUGUGGGGCAAACGUGGCCUCUUAGGGAUAUCUCAGGGUUCUAUAAACUUCUUUAGAUAACAUCAUUUUCAUAUAAUACAACAAAUGCUAUCUGGAAAAUGUUGAACAGCAGCAUUCUAAAACAUGAAACAAUAAUAAACAUGUUUAUAGCACCAUGGACUGAUAGAAGCAAGUUAACAACCAGCAAGAGCUGACCAAAACAGCAAUGGAUCACUGCAUCCCACUUGCCUUGAAAGUCAGGCAUUCCAUCAUCAUCGCCUUUGGGGGUAAGGUCCAUUUUUGUGCUUGUGGAAUUUUUGUGCGGUUUGUUUUAUUAUUUUAAAUUCUUCAAGCUCUUAAAACACAUAUUGGACUUGAAGGACCAGCAGCACUAAUAAAGGCAAACUUUCCUUUUGUAUGGAUACAAGGGGGCUGUAGGAGCACCCUAAGGGGAAGUAAAACAAAAGUAGAAUAUAAUGGAAGUGCAACUGAUUUGGUCAAAUUUACUACAAACAUUUCCCAAGAUAUGUAACUAAGCAGGGAGGUGCCACACUAUGAAACAUAUGACCAGAGCUGAAUAGUUAGGACCACCAUAGGGGGUUUACCUUGACGUGGUAUGGUGGCUUGGCAAUUUUAUGAUCAUAAACUUGUAACUAAAAACCCCUGUUUUUGAAAGUGUUUGAAUAAAAACACAUUUACACUGAGGUCCCGUUUAUCUAAAUAAAUCUAUAGUUAAUAUAAUUAUAACUUGAGCUACAAGGCCCUAAAUGAUGAAAGCAAAUUCUUUCUAGAAAUAAUCUAUAAAUGUAAUAAUAUUUACCAUGAUUUGUUUUAAGUGAGCCAUUGCUUUGAGUUGGUAUAUUGACCAAUAAGCCUCCAACUCAGUCAAGACUGGCCAAUCUGUGACACUGUAUUGUAAUUGUGAAAUCUCAAAGUACAUGUACCACAUACUCGAUUCACUUACAUAGGGUAUAAGGUUUGGGGGGUAUUCUUUUAGAGAACUGUGUAGAGAUGUCUUUUUUUACCCAUACAACGCUAUGAAGAAGCCCACAUAUAAAAGCAAUGCACGUGUUCAUUUCCACUGAAAUGAGUGUGUUUAGUUUUGCUUAUAUUAAGCAGCAUUAUUUGUGAAUCAAAACAUGAAUUGCAUUUAAGUCUACUGUGAACACUUAUUAUGUGUCUAAACUAAAUAUGGCCAAACUGGGUUGGUUUUUGGAUCCUGCAGCCAAUCAGCAUUCUCUUUAAUUUGGUGACAUGUGGCUGCCCAAACCACACCAAUGGCCACAAAUGAAUCUGUUAGCUGAUCAGAUCAUACUGUACAUUUGAUAAUGGCUAGCAAUCACAUCCAGGUUCAGAACGUCACACAUGGACAAAACUAGGUUGUCUGUCACUUUAGGUAAGAACAGUACAGGGGUGUCAACAAAGCCAAUGUCAUGAGGGUGAUAAUGAUGCAAUCCAAUAAUUCUUAAAAUGAUGUCAUGUUACCAUUAAUAUUUUUAACUUCAUGUCGUGGGGUUAUUUGACAUCUCUUAGAAGCCUCCUGGCGUGGGACAGAAAGCUGACACCUGAAUUAAUUCAAAAAGUCCAUGCACUACCCACGGUAACCUGCAAUAACACAAAAAUUAAUUGAUAUCCAGGCUUAAGCCUCAGUCAAUACUUUUUACCCCUGUGCCAAGGCUUUGUAAACUGUAGACUUAUUUAUAACUUGUGCAGAUCAAUAUUUUUUGUAUUAUGAAUCAUAUUUUUUAUAAAAGAAAUAGAGUUAAAUGAACGGCAGACAUAUAUUACAAUAACAGAAACAUUGCUGCCUAAUUGUAUCCUUCAUGACACUAUAUCAUCCUAAAUUGACUGUAAUGAUAACUGUCUGUAAGUAUUUUUUCACCUUAAUGCAAAGUUGUUAAUGAUUACUAAUUCAAAAAUAUAUUUUAUUUUUUACAUCCUACAGAUUUUUAAAUAAAAAUGAUUAAUAUUGAAAAACA